GUAGCCACUGCCCGCCGCUCGAGACCGCUACCAAAGCUCCUACGAAGCCUUUCGAUCGUGUCGACUAGUGCUCUUUUAACCGUCGCGCCGACCGGACGUGCGCGAUCCGAUCGCUAGUAAACACGUAAUAUGUUGCAAGAAAUACAGCUGCUUCAAGGGCAGAACAACUACGUAGUCGUUUCGUCCGGUUACCCGACUGCAACUGUGACCAAAACGAUGGACAAGAGAGUUGUCCCGAUCGCUCCGGCGCCGGAGAAAAACUACGUCACCCACGACACGCCUCCGAACUUGCAGUACAGGAAGAAAGUGCAUUUUAAAACGAAUCCGUACACUGGACCGCAGGCUGCCUCGAUCGCGAGAAGAAAUGCUCGGGAGCGUAAUCGUGUCAAACAAGUCAAUGACGGAUUCAAUGCCUUACGACGACACUUGCCCGCGUCUGUAGUAGCCGCUCUGUCAGGUGGCGCUAGACGAGGCUCCGGUAAAAAACUCAGCAAAGUAGACACAUUAAGAAUGGUCGUUGAAUACAUUAGAUAUCUCCAGCAACUGUUAGAUGAAAGUGAUGCUGCUUUAGGAAUCACCCGUGAUCAAGAGAAUAGGGAAAAUAUUCCUAAUGGUAAUUCACACGCAAUGACUUCCUUAUCGGAUAUGGAUGAUAGUUUUUUCUAUGGCAACGGAUCACCGUGUUCAGAGAAGCCUGAUUCCCCUGCACCUUCAGAAUGCUCUUCAGGAGUUUCGUCAGCGUAUUCAGCUGUUGACAGAUUUGAAGUUGCAACUCAACCGCACCUUGGUCCGAUGGAUGAAGAUGAACUCCUCGAUGUUAUAUCCUGGUGGCAGCAAAAAUAGUUAUAACGUAAACAUAAUUUGGACUGAACCCCUCCGAUGAAUUAUAAAUCAAACCUUUAUAGUGAAUACGAAAAGACUCUAUAAAUAUCUAGUCAACCGAUAGUGCCUUACCUAAAUAUAUGUAAAUAGUAUUAUAUCAUAGUAUAGGGCGAUGGAAAUGUUGUGAACGUUAUCCAAAUGUUUUACCUGAGUGUAGCACCGCGCUAGAGGCUCGUAAAUUAUUUUAUGAAGCCAAUUUAUGUAAAUAUUAGUUUUAAGAGGACAAUAAAUUAUUUAUUGAAGUAAAAAUAAAACUAUUUCCUUUA